AGGACCCGUCCGUUAUCCAAUGGCAAUCACCGUCGUGUCUCAGGGAGUCGUGUCCCUCCUCGCUUCACGCCAAGCUGCUAUCUAUGGCUUCCACCCUGACCGCCCUUCCAGCCAAGCUCCCACCGCCGCCGCCUCCCUUCCCGACCAUUCGUUGCCACCUGAAUCCACUCACCGCGCACCUGGUGCUCUCGUCCGACCACUCCUGCGAUGCGGCGAAGCUCCUCACUUCGGCCGCGCGCGCCGGCGACCUCCGCCUCGGUCGCGCGCUUCACCGCCGUCUCCUCCGCAGCGAGAUCCUCGAUACCGACGCCGUUGUAGCCAACUCCCUCCUAACUAUGUACUCCAAGUGUGGCGCUGUGGAAGCCGCGCGCAGGGUGUUCGACCAAAUGUGCGGCGUGCGGGACCUUGUCUCCUGGACUGCCAUGGCGUCUUGCCUUGCGCGAAACGGCGCGGAGCGAGAAUCUCUGCGCCUUCUCGGCGAGAUGCUCGAGUUGGGGCUCCGGCCGAACGCGUUCACCCUAUGCGCUGCGGCUCGUGCCUGCUUCCCGCAGGAGCUCUUUCGCUUGGCUGGUGGCGUGGUCCUUGGGUUUGUACUCAAGACGGGGUUCUGGGGCACCGACGUCUCAGUGGGCUGUGCCUUAAUUGAUAUGUUCGCGAGGAACGGGGACCUAGUGGCAGCGCAAAGAGUGUUUGAUGGGUUGAUCGAGAGGACAUCGGUCGUAUGGACGUUGCUGAUUACACGGUACGUGCAAGCUGGGUGCGCAAGUAAGGUAGUUGAAUUAUUUCUCCAUAUGCUGGAUGAUGGUUUUGAGCCCGACGGAUACUCCAUGAGCAGUAUGAUUUCGGCUUGUACGGAGUUAGGAUCGGUCAGAUUGGGGCAGCAACUGCAUUCUGUAGCACUCCGGCUGGGGCUUGUUUCUGAUAGCUGUGUGAGCUGUGGACUUGUGGACAUGUACGCAAAAUUGAAAAUGGAGCGGUCUAUGGAACAUGCAAGGAAGGUCUUCAAAACGAUGCCCAGGCAUAACGUGAUGUCAUGGACAGCGCUGAUAUCAGGAUAUGUACAAUCUGGAGUACAGGAAAACAAUGUGAUGGCCCUGUUCCGAGAAAUGUUAAAUGAGAGUAUCAGACCAAAUCACAUCACAUAUUCUAAUCUUCUUAAGGCCUGUGCAAACCUUUCUGACCAAGACUCAGGCAGACAAAUUCAUGCCCAUGUCCUGAAAACCAGCAUAGCGCAUGUAAACGUUGUUGGGAAUGCUCUGGUCAGCAUGUAUGCUGAAUCUGGUUGCAUGGAGGAGGCUAGAAAGGCGUUCGACCAGCUUUAUGAGACGAACAUACUUUCCAUGAGUCCUGAUGUUGAAACUGAGAGAAACAAUGCCUCUUGCAGUUCAAAGAUUGAGGGCAUGGAUGAUGGAGUCAGCACGUUCACAUUUGCUAGUCUUCUUAGCGCUGCCGCCAGUGUAGGAUUGCUUACCAAAGGUCAGAAACUACAUGCGCUUUCAAUGAAAGCAGGAUUUCGGUCUGAUCAAGGCAUAAGCAACUCCCUUGUUUCCAUGUAUGCUAGGUGUGGAUACUUGGAGGAUGCUUGUCGAGCAUUUGAUGAAAUGAAGGACCAUAAUGUGAUAUCAUGGACUUCAAUAAUUAGUGGCUUAGCCAAACAUGGGUACGCAAAACAAGCGCUGUCGAUGUUUCAUGACAUGAUCUUGGCUGGUGUCAAACCAAAUGACGUCACAUACAUUGCUGUGUUGUCUGCCUGUAGCCAUGUUGGUCUUGUGAAAGAAGGGAAGGAGCACUUCAGAUCAAUGCAGAAGGAUCACGGACUCUUACCGAGGAUGGAACAUUAUGCUUGCAUAGUGGAUCUGCUUGCACGAUCAGGUCUUGUUGAAGAAGCCCGGCAGUUCAUUAACGAAAUGCCCUGUAAAGCGGAUGCGUUGGUUUGGAAGACUCUUCUAAGUGCUUGUAGGACUUACGGCAAUACUGAGAUUGGUGAAAUUGCUGCUAAUCAUGUCAUAAAUCUCGAGCCGCGAGAUCCAGCUCCCUAUGUCCUGCUCUCAAACUUGUAUGCUGAUGCUGGUUUGUGGGAUGAAGUUGCAAGAAUAAGGAGUCUGAUGAGAGACAAGAACUUGAGUAAAGAAACUGGCUUGAGUUGGAUGGAUGUUGGAAACACCAUUCACGAGUUUCGAGCUGGUGAUACCAGUCAUCCGCUAGCAAUAGAUAUCUAUGCGAAGUUGGUCACGUUGAUCAGAGAAAUCAAAGAUAUUGGCUAUGUACCAGACACGAGCAUUGUGCUCCAUGACAUGUCGGAGGAGCUUAAGGAACAGUAUUUGCUUCAGCACAGCGAAAAGAUCGCUGUCGCAUUUGGUUUGAUUACUACGUCCGCAACAAAACCUAUGAGGAUAUUUAAGAACCUCCGUGUAUGUGCAGAUUGUCAUUCAGCGAUCAAGUAUAUCUCUAAAUCCACUGGAAGAGAGAUUAUUUUGAGAGAUAGCAACAGGUUCCAUAGGAUGAAAGACGGGAUAUGCUCAUGUGGAGAAUAUUGGUGAGUUGUGAAUGGUCACAGAUGAGCUCCGCAGGUUCGGUUUUUUCUUAAUAAGCGAUCUAUUGUGUUUCUACUAACUGAUGUUCAUUAUUUUUAGUUUUUCUGCUAAAUCAUUUAUUUUGCAAAGCACUAGUUGUUUCUGUAUACCUGGUUUAUCUUACAGUUACACAGAAUGUAGCAUACAGUUAUGUGAGCAAUACAACUUCAAAAGUAUCAUGCUGCUUCUUUC